ACCAAGACUUAUCCUCUUAAUUACCACAACCAAAUCUUCAGUAAUUUCCCCAUCCGAAUAUGCCAAAUCUCUCUUUAAAAUCCCUCUUCGCUGCCUGCUACGGCGGCGGAAGCAGCAAACCGACGAAGAAGAAACAUUCCCGCCGGCGGAUAUCCGCCGCAGGAAUGUCGCCGCCGGCGAUCCCCAACUUAGAUUUCGACAAAACCGAAGGUAUCUCCCUUUCCUUACCAGGCUCCGACCUUCAUGCUUUCACCAUGGAAGAGCUCAAAGCCGUAACCAGAGGCUUCUGUAUGAGUAACUUCAUCGGCUCGGGCGGGUUCGGUCCGGUUUACAAAGGUUUUGUCGACGAUAAGCUCCGGCCGGGGUUGACGCCGCAGACCGUGGCCGUAAAGCAGCUUGAUCCUGAAGGUUCUCAGGGGCACAAGGAAUGGCUGGCUGAGAUUAUAUUUCUUGGGCAAUUGAGUCAUCCGAAUUUGGUGAAGUUGAUCGGAUAUUGCUGUGAGACUGAGAACCGGCUGCUUGUGUAUGAGUACAUGUCAAAGGGGAGUUUGGAGAACCAUUUAUUUAAGAGGGUUAUGGAUUCGCUGCCAUGGUUGACGAGGCUAAAGAUUGCAGUUGGAGCAGCAAAGGGUCUCUCUUUCCUUCAUGAAGCUGAGAACCCUGUGAUCUACAGAGACUUCAAAGGAUCUAAUAUAUUAUUAGACUCGGACUAUAAUGCAAAGCUCUCUGAUUUUGGCCUCGCGAAGGGUGGACCUCAAGGCGAUGACACACACGUUACAACUCAGGUCCUGGGCACUCAUGGCUAUGCUGCACCAGAGUAUAUCAUGACAGGCCAUCUGACAUCAAAGAGUGAUGUUUAUAGCUUUGGUGUUGUAUUAUUGGAGCUGCUAACAGGUCGGAAAUCCAUGGAUAAAAAGAGACCAAGCAGGGAGCAAAACCUUAUUGAAUGGGCAAAGCGUUGCUUAACUAAUCCUCAAAAGCUUUAUCGAAUAAUGGAUCCAAGCCUGGAGGGCCAAUAUUCGGCAGAAGGAGCCCAAAAGGCAGCAGAGUUGGCAUAUAAAUGCUUGAACCAAAACCCAAAAUUGAGGCCUGAUAUGAAGACAGUUGUGGAGACAUUAGAGCCCCUUUUGGAGCUCAAGCAGGACAUCCCUAUGGGCGCCUUUGUGUAUACAGUGGAGAUUGUCAAUGAGGAAGAUGAAGUGAAUACGGAAAAAGAGAAGAUAGGAGCAAAGGAGGAUGUUAGAAGACACCAUUUUGGACAUAGAUACAAGACUAAGUUUUUCCACAAUGUUAUUGAUCCAAAUGCUCGGAUUUGUAUUGUACGAUAAUAAGAGUAGCCAAACGGCAAAGUUGAUUCAAAAUGCACUAAAAAAGCUGCUUUAAGAAGCGGUAAGAAAGCCGUCUCAAACGAAGCCUUAGUCUGAUGAUGUGGCUUCAAGAGCUGCUCAUUGAAUAUUUUUGUGCUGCUAUUCUUUUUUGUACUAUAUGAAAAUUUAGAGAAGAGUUGCUAAGGAAGUCUAAAGGUUUGGGUAUGUAAGUAUUGUUGUAAUGUAGAGAUCAAGCCCAGCUUCUUCCUUUGCAUGCUUAAUUGUAAUUUAAUACCUUACUAAACAAAUGAGAAUGAUUGUAAAGUGUUUUAUAUAUAGAACUCUA